AUGACCGAGGUGGCUAGGAGAAAUGACGCGGAAACGCAGCCGGACAAUGGGGCUGGAGAAGUGGAACCAACACAGGGUGAUCAACAACAACCCCAACAAGGACGAUUUAAUAUGUUUUUUUCUGUUGUAAAAACAUUAAUUGUUCGAUCACUAAUUAUAUAUUUUAUUACAACAAUGUUUAAAAAACCAGCUGCUGUACCUCCUGAUGGCGUUGCACCUGUUGUUGAUUCAGUUCCAAAUACCAAUCUCUUUGAAUAUGGUACAUAUUUUGAUAUGUAUGUGUAUUUAUCAGAAGACAGUUAUAUGAGUGAAAUAGAUGAUAAAGAACUUAUUUGGAAAAAAACUGAUUUAAUAUAUGGAGACUGGGAUUCAGGCCCUAAUAAUGAUGGUACCUAUUCUAUUCAAACAUCAUUUACUCCAUCCAAAAAUUUGCAAAAUAAUGGAUCAAUUUAUUUACAUGUAUAUUUCAUUAAAAAGACUAGUAAAAAUAUAAGUAAAAAAGAUCCAUUUGUGGUACAUGCAUCUAAACAGUUGAAUAAGUUUAAAAAAGUUAAAUUUUUAAAAACUCAUAAUUUACUAACUGGUGAAACAUCUGCCACUCCAGAACAAAUUGAAAAAGCAGAAAAAAUUGAGACUGAAAUAGUAUCACACUGGCAUCCAAAUCUUACUAUUUGUUUAGUAACAGAUCAAACAAAUUGGACUAAAGGAUCUCUUCCCCAACCAUUUAGUGAAUAUCUAGAAUUUUUACCAAACCAUCGAUAUAAGCCUAUGGUUUAUUUUAAUGAUUUUUGGAAUAUGCUCAGGGAUUACCAACCAAUAAAUGAAACAGUAAAACAACUGGACUUAACAUUAACAUUCCAACCAUUGUCAUUAUUUAAAUGGCAAAUGUUUUCGGCUCAAACGAUGCGAAAUAAAUGGACUUCUGGAUUCCUUGGUGAUACUUUUGGAUCCGAAAGUAAUGAAGAUGAUCAAGAUCAGGAUUCGUUAAAAGAAGCUUUACUGGAGACAUCUCCUUAUAUUCUGGCUGCUACAAUCAUUGUAUCUAUAUUACAUAGUGUUUUUGAAUUAUUAGCAUUUAAAAAUGAUAUUCAAUUUUGGAAAGAACGUAAAUCUUUAGAAGGUUUAUCUGUACGUGCAGUAUUUUUCAAUGUGUUCCAAUCUCUCAUUGUACUACUGUAUGUACUUGAUAAUGAUACAAACACUAUCAUCCGUAUUAGUUGUUUUGUUGGUUUAGGUAUUGAAUGUUGGAAAAUCAACAAGGUGUUGGAUAUAAGUUUAGAUAGACAAUCAAGGUACUUAGGUAUUAUUCCAAAAAUAACCUUUAAGGAAAAAGGAUCCUAUGCUGAAUCCAGCACAAAAGAUUAUGAUCGAUUAGCCUUUAAAUAUUUAUCUUGGGUAUUGUUCCCUCUUCUUGCUGCAUAUGCUAUUUAUUCGUUAGUCUACGAAGAACACAAAGGAUGGUAUUCUUGGGUGCUCAACAUGUUAUAUGGUUUCUUGCUUAUGUUUGGUUUUAUUACAAUGACUCCGCAAUUAUUUAUUAAUUACAAACUUAAAUCUGUUGCCCAUCUCCCUUGGAGAAUGAUGUCAUAUAAGUGUUUAAAUACAUUUAUCGAUGAUAUAUUUGCAUUUGUAAUAAAAAUGCCAACUAUGUACCGUUUGGGUUGUUUUAGAGAUGAUGUUGUAUUUUUCAUAUUUUUAUAUCAAAGAUGGAUAUAUAGAGUAGAUCCUACGAGAGUAAAUGAAUUUGGAUAUGCUGCUGAAUCACCUGAAGAACAGCCAGAAGCUAUUGAAGGAAAGAAAACUGAAGAUGACAAAAAGAAUGAUUAAUAUAAACCAACAGUUAGUAGAUACCUUUUUUAUUUAUAUAAUGUAUCAAACAAACAUAAAAAAAAAAUUGAAAUAUAACAGUUUAAGUAAUGUACUGCUUUAGUAAUUUAAUGAUCUUUAAAGAUCAACUAUUAUUCUAUUAUAAUUGUGAGUUCUUAUGAUUAUAUUAAGGUUUUUUUUUUU